UGAAUGUGAGUGUGUGUCAGUGAAUGUGUGUGUGUCUGUCAUUGAGUGUGUGUCAGUGAAUGUGUGUGUGUGUCAGUGAAUAUGUGUGUGACAGUGAAUGUGAGUGUGUGUGUCAGUGAAUUUGAGUGUGUGUGUCUGUCAGUGAGUGUGUGUGUUGGUCAGUCAGUGUGUAUGUGUCGGUCAGUGAGUGCGUGCGUCUGUAAGUGAGUGCAUGCGUCUGUCAGUGAGUGUGUGCGUCUGUCAGUGAGUCUGUCAGUGAGUGUGAGUCUCUCAGUGUGUGUCCGAGCAAUAGUGUAUGUCUUUCUAUCAGUGUGUCAAAUCAGUGAGUGUGUGUAUGUCAUUGUUUGUCAGUGUAUAUGAGAGUCUGUGUCUGUCAGCGAGUGAGCAUCUGUCAGUGAGUGAGCGUCUGUCAGUCAAAGUGCGGCCUUGACAGGAAGGGGUGGAGAAAUUUAAAUUAGGGGGGGUGCCCAAGCACCGUCCUGCUUAGGGCAGCACAAAUCUUAAAUACACCACUGAGUAUUGGGCUGAGAGAAUGAGAGGGGCUCACCCUCUACUAAUGAAAAAUCAGAAUCAUGUAUUAAAGUAAACUGUAGGAUAAACAGAGAAACUGAUAUAAAUUACUCUAACAAUUAGCAUUGGGCUGAGCUUUGAUGGGGACUCACCCUCUAAUAAUGAAGUCAGUGUCAUGUACUGACCUAAGCCAUAAGGUAAACAAAAAAAACGUACGGCGUCGGUAUGAAAACAGCAUAGGGUUGUGUUUAUGACAGAGUCACCCUCUAAUAAGGAAGCAGUAUUACGAGUCGAAUUAAGCCGUAGUCUAAGAAACAGAAAAAAACUGAGAUAAAAAUGUCUUGGACAACCAUGUUAAGUCUUGAUUUAAGCAGUUGCGUCUCACAUUGAGCAACCGCAGUAAUCUUGACCCUUAAGUCGAUCAAAUUGUUGCAGAUAAAAAAAAAAAACACAAACAAAUAUUCAAGUAACCCUGUCUGACUUCAAAACAAAAGCAGGAAUCAGUAGAAUAAUCUGAAGAUAGUUUUCUUGAGGUAAUCCCUCAAGCGGCUCAGGAACAGGUACACCAAAGAAAAAAACACCAUCAUCUGGAAAGUGUUACAUUAGGAUCUCGAAGGCUGUGUCGGUAACUGCGGAGCAUCAGGCUUACUUCUCUUGCUAGGCUGCUCAGGAGUCGAAGAUGAAAGUGUGUGAGCUGAGAACAACUGGCUUUUGAUUAUGGAGUUGAGAACUUCAAUACCCUCUUCUGGUGAUGAAACAACAAAGUUCUGACCAUUCAUGCAAAAAGGGAACCUUUACCAGGAACCCCCAUUUGUAUAUGAUUCCUUUGCGAUGCAGUUCUUAAGUGAAAGGUAGAAAUUCCCUGUGCCGUCUCAUGGUGUGUGCAGAAAAUUUCUGAAAGACUUUCAUGUUGUUAUAGUCCCCAGGGGAGCCAGACAUGUGCACUGCACCCAAGAAUUAAUCUUUUAUGUGAUAAUAGUGAAAACACACUAUUACAUCCUUGGGUGCAGCCGAGUUAGUGACAUUGGGUUUAACUGUCCUCCCCAUAGACUGAAAAUAGUUUGGUAGUUCUGCAAUGUUGAUGUUGUCAAGGAUCCCCCUGAUCCUUAAAUUAUUGCGUCAACUCCUGUCUUCAGUAUCCGCAAUUUUGAUUAACCAGUUGUUGAAGUGCCUUUACCUUGUCUACCAAAUCCAGAUGAGAUUGCUGUUGGAAGUGUAAUCUAUUUUCCACUUCUUCCGUGCACGGGUUAAUACCUUCCACAACUCCAUACAUCGCUUCAAAAUCUUUUUUUAAAUCAUUUUUUAAGUCUACUCUUGAAUAAGUUCAAUCAGCAUUCCAGCUGAUGGUGGCAAAUCUUCAGCCAAUUCAGGUGGCAUUGUAAGAUUGUAUGUUGCUGCUUUAAGAGUAGUGUAAGACAAAUUGGAUGUGACAGCAGCCAUCUUGGUGGUGGAAAUAUCAAGUUGUGCAGAAGCAGCUAUCUUGAAUGUGGCAUGGUCAUUACUAAGUUUUGUAAAAGCAGCAGCCAUAUUUUGGUGGCAGUGGCCAUUGUGGAGGUGGCAGUGGCCGUUUUACUGAUGGUAGCCAUCUUUGUAGGGGCAGCAGGUCUUUGUGGAAGUGGCUGUAAAGUCAUUGUGCCAAUACUCUCUGUAGUCUGUUCUGUUUCCAUAAUAUUGGGUCUAUCUGUGUCCCUUUCGUCUUCACUAGAACAUGCUGGCUCUUUAAAACUGUGUGGGGUGGGGUCAAGGUACCUUCCACCCAGUCCGACCUCCGCAAGGCUGUGGGACCCGGCGGAGAUCCCCUUUCCCCUGUCAGUAGCCCGAUUACUUAAAUAAAUGAGCGAUCGGGCCGCUCUAGCAUGAGACCGCAUGUGGUCUUUCUUGCACACUGUGCCACUCGCAGAAGCUCCCUCCACACUCUCUGAGCUUGUCAGAUACUCUGAACGUGUUCUGCCCAUCCUUCACUCUCGCAGCACUUGCGGCCGCAGUUCCACCAUUUAUUUGAAUAUGUGGAACUAGGGGAAGGACGAGAGGUUAAUGAACCAUCAGGGGAGUGUGGCAUUAAAUCGGGCAGCGAAAUAAGCUGCAAAUCCGGCAUGCAAGCUUUGUCUCAGUUUUCUUCAUGACAGGCAUGUUUUUUUCCAAAGACAUUUUUUCUCUCUCUGCAUAUAAGUUGAAUGUUUAUAAAAUGACAUUGGUGGUUUAAAGUUGCAGAUUAAUGAAAUAAGUUAUGCUUUUUGGAACAUUUUUUAGUCCCAGUGUCCGAGGAGCUCCUCUAAACGGUGACCAUCUAUGAUGGUGGCCAAGCUCCGCCCUAACAAUAAUUCUAAAUGUGUUCACGUAAUUAUUUAUUUUAUUGGUUUCAUUAAAUCAAUUGAAAUUCCUACCUUCUUAAGAAUAACUGUAAAGCUUCCUCCUUAUAGACAUGUUAUAAAUAGAAGUACACAAGCCAAACUUGUCAUAUAUAUUUGGUUACAAGGGAAGAUUAUUUUAGUAACAAAUCAUAAAUUAUGAACUGAGAAAAUAAAAGUCAAUGCUCCCUAGCUGUCUUUGACAAAUAUAUGUGUGAUUAUUUUGAAAUAACGCAUAAAAUAAUUUGUUUAGGGUUUUGUUUUACCUAGGAAUUUUGAACAAAAUUGAAUUGAGCAAAAGAUAUUUAUUACAAGAUCCAGUACACUGAUAUUGGAUACCUUUUUUUAUAAAGUACUCAAUAACAUAGUCAAUUUCAAUGAAAAGCCAUCAUUAUCCAUGAAGAUUCUAAAAAAUGAAUAAUCACGUUAACAUCACAAAUAUUUACAUAAUCAGGUUUUAUAAUCUAAAGGGAUUUUCUCUAUCUGAAUCCCAUCUGUUUUAGAACGUCCUGCGAGAGUGAGAAACAUUGAUUAUUCUAUAACCUUUCCUUCUUCAGAAAAUGAAUAAGUGAGAUGUAUGAUCUUCAUUAAAGCGGCUCGUAUGGUAUCCAAACGUUGUUCCGUGGACUAAUGUAACAAGAAAUGCUGUGCUGUUCUUUAAUUUAAUUUGAUUUAGAAUCAAGUCAAGGAUUGACUUAGCCGGUUAAGAACACCCAUCGGUCCUGAAUUCUCCCCAUUAGUCAUGAUUAUAAAGUAAGAUUGGGUUCCCUACUUGGAAAAAAAUAUAUAUGUCAAAACAUGGCAAUAAUGACAGCAGGGUUUCUCUGCAUGGUUCUUGAAAAGAAAUAUAUAAAGUCUGGAUUGUUGGUUUAAAAAUACACAACAAUAUAGGGUUGAACAGGUGAGGUGCAUGGAUGAGCUGGGGGCAAAUUGAUUGGUGUUCGGUCUUCAAAAUAAAAAUAAUAAUAAUAAUUCAUGGGAUGAGUUCCUGGAAUAUGAAUUGUAAUUCUUCCAAUGUUUAUCUCAAAAUAAUUCCACAUAUACCACACCUAUCUAAUUAUAAACUGUAAAAGCAUACAAAUGGUUUAUAGCUUUUGAUCAUCUUCUCUGUCAUCUUCUCUAUCUUUAAAGUAAAUGUAUACAUAUAGUAUACAUAUAGUACAUAUAUAUAUAUAUAUAUAGACACUGUACAUAGCACAAGGUUUAAGCUGUAUCAGCUUCUAUGAAGUAUAAUUUAUUAACUAUUUAUGUUGUGAGAACUUGGACAUAUGUGGAUCAUAGGAAUUUAUUUUUUUAACGCCAAAAAUAUAUUUAACCCCUUAAGGACCAAACUUCUGGAAUAAAAGGGAAUCAUGACAUGUCACACAUGUCAUGUGUCCUUAAGGGGUUAAAGGGACACUGUAGUCACCAGAACAACUACAGCUUAUUGAAUUUGUUUUGGUGAGUAGAAUCAUUACCGUCAAGCUUUUUGCUAUUAACACUGUAUUUUCAGAGAAAAUGCAGUGUUUACAUUACAGCCUAGUGAUAACUUCACUGGCCACUCCUCAGAUGGCUGUUAGAGAUCCUUUCUGGGUCAUGGCUGCCUAGAAUGCAUCCAAACAUUCAGUAUCUCCACCCUCUGCACGAAGACAUUGAACUUUCCUCAUAGAGAUGCAUUGAUUUAAUUCAUCUCUAUGAGGAGAUGCUGAUUGGCCAAGGUUGUGUUUGAAUUGUGCUGGUUCUGCCCCGAUCUGCCUCUUUGUCAGUCUCAGCCAAUCCUAAUGGGAAGCAUUGUGAUUGGAUCAGGCUACCACUUCAGCUCCAGACUUGAAUACAAGUAAGAUUUUACAAUAUUAGGGAGGCAUGAGGGGACCAACGUGGCUAGAUGGUGGUUUUACCCUAUAGGUUCAGGAAUACAUGUUUCUGUUCCUGACCCUAUAGUGCUCCUUUACCUCCAUUUCUCUCAACAACUUUUACAUGACAUCACAGGAUGAUAAUAAGAGCAACUAUAAUGACAGAUGGAUACAUGCAGGAGCUGCUGGAAGUUGUCAUUUGCCUUUUUGUGCAAGAAUGCAUUUUUUGCCAAUCGUAUUGUCGUUUUUGGUGUAUAAUUACAAUACCAAGAAUGAUGAGCAAGAAUAAGAAAAGAAGGAGAAAGGAAAAGAGUAAAGAAAAAAAUGGGAAGAAAGAAAUGGACAACUGGUAAAGAACUAGUACGCAAUAAGGCACUCUGUCCCUCACACCUGUGACUUAAGCUUCUAAUAGCGCUAUGAAAUGAAAGGUAAGAGUGACCUUUUAAAUACACACUGCACCCCUCACCCACACACUGCACCUUUUACACACAUUGCCCCUUUUACACACAUUCAGCACCCCUCACACACAGCAAAAAGGAAAAGGAAAUAUAAAUUUAAAUAUACAUUUAAAAAAACAGUGUUCCUUUAAGAAAGCAAAAGAUGUGCUUGUUCAAUUAGAUUUCAUAGUUCCAAUUGUAUUAAAUAAACACACCUCAUCUCUUUCCCACUGAAGACAAUUAAACUAUAAAACAUUAUUGUUCUCAAUCUGUCAAUUGAAUUUUUAAAUAAUUUUUCACUUCUUUUUUCAAUACAAAGUUUAAUACACUCUCAGUACAUUUGACUGUUUAAAUAACUGGUUUUUUUUGUAGCUGUAGAUGACAUUAUUAACUGUCAUUUUCACUCUACGGGUUUUAUGCAGAAAACCAUGGAGACAGAACUUGGCUCAAUCAAUCGAGAAUUUGACUUAACAAAUGUAAUAAAUUAAACACUCACAUAUGUAUUCAUGUAAAGAAAUGUUUGUAUAUACUGUGGAAAAAUAUUUUCACACCUGCUACAUUACACAACAACAUUAAAAUGCACAAAUUACAAUUGAUUUUCAGAUUUGGAUAGAGUUAUAUUUUUUUUCCAAUUUAUUAUUAAGCUUGGCUAUUACUAUUUAGGGAUAAGCAGCAACUCUCAUUUUGUCUUGAUUCCUUUCCAACGGUUGUUAUGAGCAGAGAGAAACAGCAGGUUCUAGAGUAUGUAGGAGUAAGGCCAUGAAGCCAAGCCCUGAGUUUUAGACCAACUAGCACAAACUCUUUGAACGAUGCAUUCCUUGAAAGGUGAUAGGCCUGAAUAUAAGACUGAAGAUAAUGAUGGACAUGAAUAUAGUGACACUAUUGUGACUGCAACACAAAUCCCAUCUGUACACAGUGAAAAGAGAGACGUUUAUCUCUGAGCAGUAACUGUCUCAUUGUUCUCACCUUACAGUCAGACCACCAAGUGCAUCUUUCAAGGUAUCGGGUUGGUGGAGUGUGGAAGUAUGGAUGGCUGAAUAUGAGAAGAAAAGGGACACUAGCAGGGCCAGACUGGGAAAAAAACAUUGGCCUGGGCAUUAUUUAACCACAGUGGCCCAGUGACUAGCGGGCAGGCCAGAAAGGGUCUUAUUUUGUCAUCAUCAACAUCAUCAGAAAAGAGGGCAAGGAAAGUUUAUUGUGCAUGUGUUUGGAGGAUGCUUGUGUAUGUGUAGAGUAAGCAGAUUGUGGUAUGGUAUUUUGUGUAAAUAGGUUGGUUUAAGAGAUUGUGAGAUUUGGCAUUGCUGGAAUGUUGCCAUAGUAACCACGGCAAUGCUCCAAACCCACAAGAAGAAUAUCCCACCAUAGCUGUAGGUUAGAGCACCCUGGUUCUUCCCUUCCCUCUCCUUUUCUCUACUGCAGUGAAGUGCCUGUUGGCUCUCCCACCAGCCCAUGAAGGCAUACAGUAAGGAAGGCGCUUGGAUAGCGCCAGCCCUGCAUGGGUCAGCAGGAGAGAUCCUCUGAUCCAUUUUAGUCGUUCAGUUGUGUCUGACUCUCUGUGUCGAUAUGGACCAUAGCACGCCAGGUUCAUCUGUCAGUCACUCCCCCUCCGAGCUCCAACAAAUUUAUGUUUGUUGCUUCAGUGACCUCAGCUAUUCCUCUCCGUUUCUGUCAUCCCCUUCUUCAUGUGCCUUCAAUCUUUCCCAGCAUCAGAGUCUUCUCUAGAUAAUCCUGCCUUCUCAUUAUGGCCACAAUAUUCCAGCUUCAGCCUUAUGAUCAUAGCUUCCAGUGAAAAGCUUGUCUUGAUUUCCUGUAGUACAGAUUUAUUGGAUCUCCUUGCCAUCCAAGGGAUUCUAAGCAGUUUUCACCAGCACCACAGUUCAAAGGCAUCAAUUCUACGACGCUCAGCCUUCUUUAUAAUCCAGCUCUCAUGUUACUACUGGGAAUACCAUAGUUUUGACUAUGCGGACCUUUGUUGAUAGUGUAAUAUCUUUCGGUUUUACCAGCUUGUCCAAGCUUGCCAUAGCUUUCCUCCCCAGAAGCAAACGUCUUUUAAUUUCAUGACUAAAGUCCCCAUCUGAAGAGAUCUUGGAUCCCAAUAAAAUGAAAUCUGUCACUGCCUCCACUUCUUCCCCCUCUAUUUCCCAGGAAUUGAGAUUGCUGUUUGCCAUGAUCUUAAUCUUUUUAAUGUUGAGCAGCAAGCCAGCUUUUGUACUCUCUUCUUUUACCUUCAUCAAUAGGUCCUUUAGUUCUUCCUCACUUUCAACCAUCAGAGUAGUAUCAUCCUUAUAUCUGAGGUUAUUGAUAUUUCUUCCGGCAAUAUUGAUUCCGGCUUUGGAGUCAUCCAGCCCAGCCUUACACAUUAUAUAUUCCGCAUAUAAGUUGGAUAAAUAAGGUGACAAUAUACAACCUUGUCACACUCCUUUCCUAAUCUUGAACCAUUCUGUUGUCCCAUGUUUGGUUCUCACCGUGGCUUCUUGGUCCACAUAGAGAUUCCUCAGAAGGCAGAUGAGGUGAUAUGGCACUCCCAUCUAAGAACUUGCCACAUGUUGUUGUGAUCCACACAGUCAAAGGCUUUAGAAUAGUCUAUGAAGCAGAAGUAGAUGUUUUUCUGGAACUCUCUGGCUUUCUCUAUUAUCCAUCAUACAUUGGCAAUUUGAUCUCUUGUGCCUCGUCCUCUGGGGAAUCCAUCUUGUAUAUCUGGUAAUUCCCGGGCAUAUAUUGUUUGAGUCAAGCUUGUAGGAUCUUAAGCAUUACCUUGCUGGCUGUUGCUAUGACCAAAGAAUUAUCUUGACAUAAUUCUACUAAUCUCUGACCUGCUUCAUUUUGAUAAUGUAAUAAUAAGUGGAGCAAUAUUAAAUGUUGUAAUUUGAAUAUAUACAAACGUAUUGGGUAUAUCCCCCAAUAGGUGGCAUUUGAUUAGAAUUCAUGGAACAUGUAAAAAAAGAAAAUGGAAAGAACAAAUAGUAUAGAUUGUUUUUAACAAAAUUUAAUUAUUCUGUCACACAGUAAUAACUCUAAUAAUAUGUGAAUCUGAAGCUUAUAUAACAGUGUUUGUACAGAUAAUAUAGUUCAAAGGAUAUAUGGAUAUAUAAUAAUCCUUUUAAAGGAUAAAUGAUAUAAAACUUAUAGUUUAUUAUAAACAGACAUACAUGACAAAAAAAAUAAAUAAAUUAGUUAGAAGCUCUGCCUCUUACAAAAACAGGUGGUGAGUAAUCACGGUGUAUGUCGCUACUCACUGAUCAGGCUCAAUGUGGGUGGGCUGCAGAUGUCUCUACAAGCGGGGUAAAGUCCUUUUGUGUUGCUGGCGGCGGUUUUGCCACGUUUUUCCAACAGGCUCAGAUCUCUUAGCAUCCUGCUGUGUGUUUCAAGUCCGCAAGCUCCGCCCCUCUCAAUGACUUCAACACAUUUCGCCGUUUAUUUGCGGCUUCCUCAGGGCAUGCUGAUGACUCCAUGUUGGAGAUGGGCAUUAAAGGGCGAGAUCUCAAGUCCUUAUUGGCUGUUUCAAAAUGGUACAUUUACAUAUUGCUCAUGUAAUUCCUAGCAUGAUGUUACCGAUAUAUAUAUAAUUAUACAGUACAUAUAGUCCCACAUAUGUGUACAUACAUAUAUUAAAACAUGGAUCACGGUCCUAAUUUAUCAUAUUAAUACAUUUAAACAUUCACUUUAAAAGACAGCCUAAACAUAAAAAACUAGAAAGAAGCCAUAAUACCAUAGGUAGUAAAUACAUAAAAAAAACUGUGUUGACAUAGAUAAUAUAGACAAAUACAUCUUCUCUAAGACAAUGCAUAGUUAGAGAGAAUGCAUAUUUAAAGAGACAGCACUCAAGAACUUAUUUAAAGGGUAUGAUCACAUAAAAAGUCACCUAUAAAACAUAAAACAGAAGGUAUUCCCAAACCUGCUUGAAAGACGGUGAAAUAAAGAAAGAUAAUUGUAAAUGGAUGCGAUAUACAUUGAUAAUAGGCAUUGUCAGGAUCGUAUCCUGACAGCUAUGUUUUAUCUUCCUUUUGUUUCUGUUCCUUUAAAAAGAAGUUCCAGCUUUCAACCACUAGUGGCCUCCAUAGCCACUAGUCACCUCAGUCCUCACCUGCCUAGGACUAAUUACUUGCUUCAACUACAUAAGGCUACGCCCUGCUCACAACAGGGCCUUUACAUUGAAGUUUAUGAUCAGUUCCUGGCUCCUGUCAACCUGCUCCAGACUUACCUUCUACCCUGCUCUAUACCAACCUGCUCCAGACUUACCUUCUACCCUGCUCUAUACCAACCUGAUCCAGACUUACCUUCUACCCUGCUCCAUACCAACCUGCUCCAGACUUGCCUUCAAACCUGCUCCACUCUCACGUAUGAUUUUGACCUCUGCCUAUAUUACCGGCCUUCCUGUGUUACAAACCUGCCUCUAUUACCAGCCUUCCUGUGUUACAAACCUGCCUCCAUUAUCAGCCUUCUACUGUUACCAGCCUGCCUCUGUAACCAUGAAAGAACUAUUCUGGUGUACCUAGUGUAACACACAGGAAAGAGGGAGACAGACUAGCACUAAACUGCUCAAACUGGGAGAAAUAGGGAUUCACUAAAAACCUAUAAAAAAAGACAAAUAAGAAAUCACCUUAAAAGUAAAGUGUGUGGACUCCAGGAGCUGGCUAGUGACUAAUGGCUAAAAAUGUGGUAAACCUAAAAGGUAUAAAAGCAGUGAGUGAUUGCUGUGCCUUCGAUAUAAAACAUAAAAAUGUGGAGAAUAAGAGAAAAAUAAUAAAUAAAUUAUGAUAAAAAUGAGGAUAAAAAUAUAAAAAAAUAAAAAAUAUAGAAAAAUAAAAAAUAAUGAAAAAGCGAACAAUGUGUGCUGUACCUUUAAAAUAUUGUGGUGAGGAAUAUAAAGUGGGUGAUAGAAGAGAAGAAAUGGUGGGUAAAAAUAAGAUAAAAGUGAAAGAAAUAUGUCUUAAAUAAUUAAUAAAUAGAGACAGAUAUGUAUAAAAGUAAACCACAAAAUAAAGGAAUAAACUCCUUGGAGGAAAAUGUGCAACACAGGUAUCUCGAUCCCCAAUGAAAUGGGGGGUAGAUGAUACCUAUUUCAAAGUGAUCUAUUUUGUAGUGUCAAAGAUAAAAAGUAACAGUAUUAAGUUGCUAAGCGAUACAGUAUGUGGAACUGCAAGCUUGGAUACUCUGUAUAAUAGAUCGUGAUGAACUGAAGCAAGGUAAACUGGAUAGGUUAACAAAAAGAGUCCAGUUUAUUAAACAUUAAAAAUAUAUAAAAGAUAAUAAAAAUAUAAGUAAAAAAAACCUUCAUAAGUGCAUUACCAGGCUUUAAUAUAUCAAAUGCCAGCAGGGACCCUCGGAUUAUAGGAGGAUGGAUCUGGAUACUGUUGGUAAGUUGUUGGUAUUCCGGCUGCUGGUGAGGACGGCGUGAUGCUGAGUGCACGUUACGAACAGAAGCCUCACUCCCGGGGACGUGCAAAACAGGCGAUGCCGGUUGCUGUUUUUACCAAAGGUCCUGCUUGGAAAAUGGAACUACUGCUGGUGAAUGCGAUCAGUGUCUUGCUUUUGCAAACUGCCUAACGCGUUUCGUAGGAGUGGCAAAUUUCAAAAUCAUUGCUGAGGCCAUAUGGAACCAAGAAUGCACUUCAUCUCUGCCUUUCCAAUCUUUACAUUAAAAGCUCCACCUCUCCAUUCACUUUUAACUUGCUGUAUCCCAAUAAAAUCCAAUUUUGUGGGCUCUGCUCCAUGAUGAUCCCUAAAGUGGUGUGCCACCUGGUGUAGUGCGUAUGUGUAUGUAUAUAUAUAUAUAUAUAUAUAUAUAUAAACAACUUGACAUAAGGAUAGUUCUAAUAGUUAAUAAAAAAAAAUAAUAAUUAGAUAAUAUUUAUAAUAUUUAGAUGUUUUUAUAUACAUUGCUAAACCAAAAUAUGAAAAUAUUUUCUUUUUAUAUUUGUAGAUGCUCCUUUUGUAAAUCUAAACUCAAUGUAAAUUCCAACCAAAAAUAGGUCUAAUAUUUUCAAAUUAUUAAUAGAACCCUCGACAAACAAAGCAACAUGUAUACAUCAGCAUAUACAUUAUACAUUAUUUCCCUGUGGGGUUUACUUUUGUGCAUGACAGUCCUUUGAGUAUUAAACAAAACCUUAGAGUAUUAUCUUUCCAAUCACCAUGGCAAUUAAAAAAAAUAAUAAUAUUUUUUUUCACUUCUUACCCCAUAUCAUUACAUGAAACUUGAUUGUGGAAUGGAAAUUGUACUUUAGGGACUUGUUCAUGAUUUGUACAGCAAUAUCACCUAUAUAUAAGUUUGACAUUGGUCAGGCAUUCAUUUUUCAAAACACACAGUAGGAUAUUCUUCUUUUUUUUAGCUAGAUUGGACUUAUUUCUGCUGCUCACUCUCAGAUACUGCUUAUUUAAUGUAUCUUAUAAUAUCAAGUUUGUUAUAUCUGGCGAUGAGUUUUAUCUGACAGUUUUCUUCCUAUAUUAAUCGGAAAAUCACAAUUUUUGAAUUGUAUUUCUAACAAAAACAUUAUUAUAGCAAAAUAUACAACAUAUAAUUAUUAUUAUUUUUUUACUAGAAACAAGGAAUAAAGUUAUUGUGUCAUUUAACAAUUGUGUGAUGACUGUACCAUAUAUUUUAUAUCUAUUAUAUAAGAAGAAAGAAGUGAUUCACAUUGAAAUUUCAAGGCAAAAGACAUGAUGAGAGCCACAUUGCUUUGAUAAAAGCAUUAUUUUAGAAUAAAAAGGUAAGUUUCUUAUUAAUUGUGUUAAUUUAGAGACAGCUACCUUUAUUAGAAAUAGUCUUUUGUGCUUUAUCCAGGGGUCAUUUCUAGGCAAUAAAUUAGGAUUGCAUUAAAUGUAGCAAUGCUCUCUGUGAAUGCUGGCAACCUAAUGUUAAUUAAUUUUAAUUGUAAUAAUGAUAUCCUUUAAAUAUGUCAAGUCUUCGAUCUAGAAAACAGUCAGCAACAAUCGCAGGCUCAUAACAAUAUGUACACUUUUUCUUUUAGUUACUUACUUCAAACCCCUUUCACAAAGACCCUCUCAGGGGUCGAAACGUUGCGGUUUCUCACUUGUCCCAUUAAACACAUUUGAAGAUUCUUAAGUGCCUGGAUCCUCUUUCUACCACUGAUAUCUACUCAAUGUGGCUGGUGCUGGCCCUUGGUCCAGUUUAGCACCUGGAUCUUCAUGUGAUUGGAGUGCGGUUAAUUCUUUCUCUUUUUGCAAAAACGUUGGUUUGUAGGCACAUUACUAGCUGAGGGAGCUAGUAUGAUGGCAAUCAAAUAUACAUAUUUUUUAUUCUUUAUCAUCACUGCAAAUCAAAUGGUACAAAUUACAACACUGUUAAUCUAAUCAUAAACAAAUUUCAGGUGAUCGUAAUUAUAGGAAUAAACUGGAGAAGGUAUAAAAUGUCCUAGGGCAGUUAAAUUGUGAAAUUGAUAGAGAUUCAAGCCUAUCAUGUAGGUAUAUUUUCAAGUUAUCUUACACAUGACCAUCAGACCAGAAUUUACAUUCUAAGUGAGGUGUUGUGUUGUAGACACAAAAAAUACAUUUAUUGCUUUAUUAGAUGUUGGUAGGUUUACAGAGUUACGUAUGGUUGUUUUAUUACUCUUAUAGUCACAUAUGUCGAAAUGUGUUUAUUAAUUUUCUCCAUAUUAAUCUAAUUGAAGAUUUAAGCUCAGUUUGUAUAAAUUGAUUUAUCAUUGUAUCAUUUUUGAUAUUUCUUAUGUUAUCUGUUAAUUGUAAAUGUUUCAUCAUUUACUUUAAGCAAUAUAUAUUUUUAAAUAAAAAAAUAAUCGAAAAGCUGUUGGAAUCUGCAAUUCCAAAGCAAUAUACAGAACUGUACUUUACAAAUUCAGGCCUCAAAUAUACAUAGUUGAAAAAUCUUGAUAACAAUGCUGCCUAAGCAUCUUAAAAUUAACCCUUACAAUGAGAUAUAUCUUUCAUUUUGCGUACUUAUAAGUAUUUGCAGUGCUAAUGAUAUGCUGAACAGAGUACAUGCAGGUGGAAAUUUAUCAAGACAAAAACAGGUUAUUUUCUCGAAAAAAGAGCUAAACAAGGAACAAUCACCAUGGAAACCAAUAGAAUGUCUCAACAGUUACUUCUUUGCACACAGAAUAGCAUCUGGUUUGCUUUGAUAAACUUUUUUUUUUCAGGACUACAACUCCUUUGAUGCUUUGCUACUGUUACAGCAGAUAAUGUAACAUGGUCAUCAUAGUCAUUCCUGCUGUUUUGACACCCCCUAGAUUGGUUGCUAUCAGACCCCACGUAUACUGAGAUUCACCAUAUUUUUCUCCCUGACAAAACACUGGCUGGGCCGAUUGUCUAAGGAACUCCAGAAACUGGUUAGAAAGCAAUCAUUUACAUUCUCACAUAACCCUGAACCUUACAUAAAAGCAUAAUUUUCAGAAAAAAAUACUAUUGUGAUAUUUGCUAAAGCAACAUUGACAGAAUGUAGAUCAUUCAUAUGAUUAAUGGCACAAGAUCCUUGUUAUAGCUGUAGAUUCAUGUUCUAACUAUAGGAGUAGUGAUCCCUCUCAUUUAAUUGAUAGUUAUGUUACCCAUCUUUCUUUGGGAUACUAUCCCAAAGUAGUUUCAGUAUCACCAUUCGAAAAGCUUUAACAUACCUCCCAAAAAUAUCAAACUAUGGAAAUAAGAAAGACAUUCUAUUUUUAACCCCUUAAGGACACAUGACAUGUGUGACAUGUCAUGAUUCCCUUUUAUUCCAGAAGUUUGGUCCUUAAGGGGUUAAAGACAACUCUUUCUUUGUUGUAUUUGUGUUAUAAAGUAGUUCUAUAAUAUAAAAAAUAAUUUGUUUCAAGAAUUUACAUUCAUUAGUGCUUAUAGAUUUCAAGAUAUUACUUUGUUAUUACUUAUAUUCUCACCCUAUUUAUAUACAAAUAUUCUGUAAAAUAUCAAGUUACAUAUAAUUUCUUUCGUCUGAUUUAUGUUUUGACCAUUUUUUGCAAAGCUGUUUUGGGAUGUCCAUCAGGUUGAAGUACAACCAUUGUGUUAAAUAAUGACCUUAUUGAAUAGAUGAAGGCCUAUCAUAUAUACAGAAGUAACAAGACAUCAAGUGAUAAAUAAAUGACCUGAACCAUUUGAUCUAAACUUGCUGUUUGAUCAGUAAGAUAGUUUAUUCCACUUAAAAGGCAUUCAUUAAAAUGGCAGAAAAUUCUAAAUAUAUACCAUUCUCUCCUCACACUAAAAGCACAUUAGUUUCAAAAUAGUACGUCCAAUACAAUUUUACGCUAAAUAACUGUAUUUGAUGGUUAGUCUUUGAUGUUUUGUUUUGCUGAUGAUAGUGUGGUACACACUACAAAUAAUGAAAAACAAUAAUAAUUAUUUUUAUGAUAAAUAUCAUUAUUAUUACAAGCGAGGUUCUGAUACAGAUGAAUAGAAAAUAGCUAAUAGCUAACCUUUUUAAUAGUAUUCAUAGGCAUUUCUGCUUUUGAAAUUACAAAACAGUAUUUUAAAUGCUUGAAUGGCUUCCAUAUGGAAUGCUUUUUGAAAGUUAGAUUUCACUUUGUGAAACAAUUCUUCCCAUAAAAGAUUUUCUAUUAUAUAAAGUAGAUUUUAUGGAAAUCAAAACAAAAUAGGGUCAAUGUUACAGUUAUUAAAAUAAUUAUAAUGUUUAGAAUAUAAAUUCCUUGAUUCCAUCUGCUUAUAUUUAAUUACUUGUAUAUUUUUUUUACAAACAUGUUGGGUUGUUCUUCAGUGCAUGAAAAGCAGGUAUUUGGAGAUAUAGGGGUUCUCUUAAAAAAAAAUAAAAAAUUAAAUGUUUUUUUUUUAUGUGUGUGUACCCCUCUCUAGCCUAUAACCUAGAGUGGACCCCUGCCCUUCUGUUAGUUCCCCACUGUUUAUAUAUAUAUUAUGUUUGUGUGUAUAUAAUAUAAACACAAUAUAUAUGCAUAUAUAUAAGUAUACAUAUUUUAUUUUAUUUAUAUAUUGUUAUAUCUAUAUAUGACAUACAAGGUCCAGGAAACUUGCUCAUUCACUAAACAGCAAUUUGAAGUCUCACAGAAUGUAAUAGUUUUAUUUUAAAAAACCUCACCAAGGCAAAAAAUAAUGGGGGUUUAGUUACAGUAUAUGAUCAUACAUUGCAUAACCCUGCCACAACGCCAAUGUACCCCAUUCUUGGUAGGUCCUGUUCUAGCAAUCAAAUGCCUACUAAUUACUGUCACAUAUUAUAUAUUGUGAUAGCUCAGUGGGCUAAUACAUCAUCAGUCAAAUCUGUUCAACCAUUGGGUUACAGGUUCAAAUCCUGACAGGCCUUCAUCCUUAGGAGGUAGAUAAAAAAUUUACAAUUAAAUAGUAAUAGUAACAACCCCUGGAUGUCAAUAAGGUAACAUUCACAGGACAUACUUGAAAACCAGAGAAAUCUGAAUGUACAUUUCCUGGUGAAACUUUGUUAUUAUUAUAUAUUUAUAUAUAAUAUACAUUAUGUUUUUAUAUAAUUAAUGCAGUUUAACAUGUAUAACCACUCAGUAAGUCUGUUUUCAUUUUCCAACUGAGAUGCCAGGUCGCAUUAACUCACUAUUAUUAAAUAAGUCUGUUCUAGCCAUAAUGUUCUAACCAUAAUGUUGUCUCUUUAAAUCAACAGAACUUAAUUGAAUAAUGGACAGAGAAAACCAUACCCAAACAAGAGAAUUUAUUUUUGUGGGAUUUUCAGAGCUUCCUGAAAUUCAACAAUUAUUAUUUGCAGUAUUGUUAUGCACCUACCUAACCAGUGUCCUUGGAAACAUAUCUCUAAUUCUCACUUAUAAAUUUAGCUUGGAUCUUAACACCCCUAUGUAUUUUUAUCUUGCCAACCUGUCCUUUCUAGAGGUAUGUUAUAUUUCAACUACCGUUCCCAAAAUGUUAUCAGUUCUUCUAGCAGAUCAUAAAUCGAUCUCCUUUUAUGAAUGUGCCCUACAAAUGUACUGUUUCAUCCUACUGGGAGGUACAGAGUGCUACAUGCUUGCCGCUAUGGCAUACGAUCGCUAUAAUGCUAUAUGCCACCCACUUUUAUAUAGCAGCAUAAUGAAUAAAAGAGUCUGUAGUCAGCUUAUAGUGGGGUCAUGGACAAUUGGUGCUGGAAACUCUCUGAUACACACGGUUCUCACAUUUACUCUGUCCUUCUGUAAUGAGAAUACGAUCAAUCAUUUCUUUUGUGAUAUUCCACCUCUCAUGGAACUGGCAUGUACAGACACUUGGAUCAACGAGCUUGUUCUCCUUGUUGCGUGCGGUCUUGUUAUUGUAUGCUCGUUCCUGAUAACCGCGCUUUCUUAUGUACAUAUCAUCUCAGCUGUUCUAAACAUUCACUCUGUCUCAGGAAGAAAAAAAACAUUUUCAACUUGUACCUCCCACUUAAUAGUUGUGUGCUUGUUUUACGGUUCCGCCAUUUUUAUGUAUUUCCGACCAAAAUCAAGUUACAUGAUGGAUCAUGACAGGCUAAUAUCAGCCAUGUAUGCAGUUAUUACACCCCUGAUGAACCCUUUUAUAUAUAGCCUCAGGAACGUCAAUGUCAAAGUAGCUAUUAAGAAGAUAGUGUAUCGGAUCAUUAUAAUUUAGAUGUACUAAGGGUAAUAUGCCACACUAUCUGAUCUUUUGGAGUAAUGUUGUUUAUCUUGGGAAACGCUAACCUAUUCCACUGGUGAGACACAUUCUCUCCUGUUACAGCUAUCUAUUGCGAUGCCCUUUAUUUUGUAUUUUGUUGUCCAAGGUCAGAGAGAAUUAUGUCCAGGUAGAUUAACUCCUCAUAAAUUUCUUUUUAAUAGCAAGCCUAUAAAAUUCAUUUAGUUCAGGCAGAUGCAUGAACAAAGAUAUUAGUCUUCUCCACAGAGAAACAAUCUCCUCUUUUAUUGCAUUUACUUCUAAACCACUGUAUAAUUAAUUAAUAUGUUGAUUUCACUUAAUAUUUAAUGUUGCGUGUGACUGAUGAAGACAGCGCAAACUGUUUAAUGAGAGAGAUAUAAAGACGGAUGUACUCUUUUUUGUGUGAAUAUUCUUCAUAAGGAACAAAGUUUUUUCUUUGAAAGAAAAAUAUAGAGGUUCUAAUGAAAUACAAUUUGAUUUCCUUUCUCUUGAAUAUCUGUGUGAUCAUUUACCAUUAUUUUCUUCUUUUGUACGUUGAUUUUAUAGUACAAUCCAGUUAAAGAAACUGUGUACUAUAAUACACACGAGAAAAUAAUGUAUUAUAAAAGUCUUUCUGCUGUGUAAUAAAAUCGAUAAAGAUGCAUUAUUAACCUGUUUUAUUAUUGGCUGCUUUUAUAUUAUUUUUCUCUUUAAUUAUAAUUUCACAAAGGCAGCUGAAAUAGAGAAAUCGAAGAUGAACACAGCAUUGUUCUACUCGUGAAAAGCAAUUGUAUUUGGAUUCUGACAGUGUUAAAGAAGAGCUGUCACCUGUGAGUUGGUGACAGUUCUGUUUUCAAUCACUGAUGUAAAAGCUACUGAAUUAUUUAUUGUGGAGGGGAGUGUGAGGAAGGUAAGUAUAAAAAGACUUACCAGGACAGGUUUUUUUUGCCCUGUAUUCUUUCCAAGAUGUCACAUCAACAGAUUACAAAAAUGUAUAUGACAUGUCUGGACGUAACAAUUUUAAUAGUCUAGUGGAUUUGAACUUUCACUAUUCACAGGCUUAUCAACAAAAGAAAAUAAUGCACCAAAUUUAAAGUCAAUUUUCUAGUUUGGUUAAUGUGGCCUAUAUUUUAAAAUUCAUUUUGAAUUUCCAGUGAUUCUCACGUUAGUAAAUAACACGGUCAGUAUUUCAAAAUAUUCCCUUCGCCCUCUAUUACUACUAUGUUGAUGUUUAUCAGUGUGAGGACAAUUACAUGGCAUCAUCUGGAUCCAGUCUUCAUUUUGUUUUGUUUUUUAAUAAAUAUUUUGGAAAUUUGCAAGGAUUUAUGAGAAAGUUAAACAAAAUUUGAAAACAAAGAGAGGGUUAAACAAGCAUUGCCAUUACACGAAACAGCCUUACAUUAUAGUACCACUAUAGGCACCCAGACCACUUCAGCUUAAUGAAGUGGUCUGGGUGCCAGAUCCAUCUAGGAUUAACCCUGCCUGCUGUAAACAUAGUAGUUUCAGAGAAACUGCUAUGUUUACACUGAGGGUUAACCCAGGCUCUAGCGGCUGUCUCAUUGACAGCCGCUAGAGGCGCUUUCGCGCAUCUCACUGUGAUUUUCGCAUUGAGAAUGCUUUCCUAUGGACUGACUGCACAUUCAGCCGAUGACGACCGAAGGAGGAGGAGAGUCCCCAACGAUGAGGAAGCCCGGCGCAGGAGAAAG